AUGGAGACAAGGUACACGACCGGUGUUCACGUGACUAGAAGUUUAUCAGAUUGUGGCUCAGCAGCAACAUAUGGAAGUGAAGAGAUGGUAAUAAGGAAAGGUCCAUGGACAGAGGAAGAGGAUUCUGUUCUGAUCAACUACAUCACUGUCCACGGAGAAAGUCAGUGGAACUCCGUCGCUCGCUGUGCAGGUCUAAAGCGAACGGGCAAAAGCUGCAGACUAAGAUGGUUGAACUACUUGCGUCCAAAUGUUCGACGUGGGAACAUCACCCUUCAAGAACAGCUCUUGAUUCUUGACCUCCAUUUCCGAUGGGGAAAUAGGUGGUCAAAAAUAGCAGAACAAUUGCCUGGCAGAACAGACAAUGAGAUCAAGAACUAUUGGAGGACCAGAGUAGUGAAGCAAGCUAAGCAACUCAAAUGUGAUGUCAAUAGCAAACAAUUCAGGGACACUUUGCGUCUUGUAUGGAUGCCCCGCUUGAUGGAGCAGAUCCAGGCCUCUUGUGGGACUGGUCCUUCCCAUGGUCAAGCCCAAACCACCUUAUGCAACACUCAAGCACACAGUGAAUCAUGUGGACCAAAUCUCCGCAUGUUGUCUGUGGCUUCAUCGUACUCAACAGGAGUUGAUGUUCAAGCUCCCUCUCUCUCUGAUUCAAGCGUGUCUUACAAUUUAAUGGGUGGUGGUAAUUGGCCAGAGAAUGCAGAAAAGGGACCCACAUCCACCCCAUGGCAGCAGAGGGACUACUCGGACAAUGGUUUUGGUGGUGCAGACUUGUGGACGGAUGAAAACUUGUGGUUCUUGCAACAACAGCUUGCUGAUGAUCUAUGA